AUGAGCUCUCGACUUGUUUCAAGUGAUGCAACUACCAAGGUCGAUGCUCCUUUUCGCGAAGCUGUUGGUGCGUUGAUGCACCUGACCACUGCAACGCGUCCGGACAUUGCGUUUGCUGUGGGCUAUGUGUCGCGGUUCAUGGAAAAUCCCCAAGAAGAACACUGGGUUGCAGUUAAGCGUAUCUUUCGCUACCUACAAGGCACCAAGACGCAUGGAAUGUGCUACAAGCCAAGUGCAAGGAUCGACUUCCGUGGAUAUUCGGAUGCGGAUUGGGCUGGUGAUCUUACCGACCGCAAGUCAACAUCGGGGUACACGUUCAUGCUACUCGGUGCGCCAGUCAGUUGGGGCAGCAAGAAGCAGCCAAGUGUUUCGUUGUCCACGAGUGAAGCCGAAUACAUCGCACUCAGCUUGGCGAUUCAAGAGGGCAAGUGGAUUCAUCGUCUGCUUUGUGAGAUCGUGAUGGCUGCCAAUGAAGAAGGACCGGAACUCAUGAUUCAUGAAGACAAUCAGUCAUGUAUCAAGAUGACGAAGAACCCAGUCAACCACGGCCGUGCCAAGCACAUUGAUAUCAAGUACCAUCACAUCCGUGAUGAGGUCAAGCGCGGUGAAGUGAAGCUCAAGUACUGUGAAACUGCGGUGAUGUUAGCGGACAUCAUGACGAAGGGACUCCAUGGACCACGCCACAAGGAGAUGACGACGGCUCUCGGGAUUCGUGAGCAUUCGGAUUGA